CCGAAUGUUCCUUCUUGUUUUUGGUGGUAUUUAUGACCUUUUUUCUCAACAUUUGCAUCUAUAUUUUAUUAAUAGCCCACUAUUCGGCCCAUAUUUACACGUACAAAAUAAGCUUUGUCACUAAUUAAUAAAUUAUCUGCAUUAACAAUGUCGAUCUAUGACUAAAACCUUUAUAUCGGGGCAGAAGAGAGAUGUGUGAACCAUCUUAGUUAAUCUUUAUUUUUGAAUACAAUCGCUGAUACUUCUGGCCACCUUUCACCGUCGUCACACUUGAUCACGAUUCUGCGUGACGUGCUCGCGCCUUCUACGUCACGACCGUUGGAAAAGUGGACUGGGUGCGCGUGUCCAAAGCAAAGCAGACAAGUUCCAUCCAGGCUAAAAAUAGUUUACCCGGUAUCGGCCUGGCACGAACACUCGAAUUAUCCCUGACACUUGUUAACGCCCUCUUUACCACCACAACUCCACCAUUGUUGUGAGAAGACUGCUGCACGCGCACUCAUCCGCGCGCGCGUGCACGCGCACUCCCCAGUCAUAACUGAAUGACGGCAGGUCGCUAUGGAAACUGCGUUACGCUCUAGGCUGCCGAAGGAGAAACAAGAGCGCGAGGACUCGUUUCAUUCUUCAUUUCAGCACCACGCGCCUCCCGGACAGCGCCCGAAUGAACUCGCGCGCAGAUUCUGGCAACGCAUGCCUUAUAAGGGACCCAGCCGCGUCAGCAUCGAGUCUAAACGGAGCGGGCAGGGACUUCAAAAGAAAAAACAAAGCCAGUAGAAAACACGAACUCUCCGGACCUGUAGCUCGGUGGAUACCCGCUGUUUCAUCCCGCUGACAAGUCAGGAGCCUCUCGCUCCCUCAGAUGCCUCAGCAACAGGGCAGCAGCAUGUCUGAAAAGAAAUCCAGUCAGCGAUUUCACAGCCUGAACGCUGAGCAGGUGGAGGUUCUCCAUCAGGUUCUUUCAGAGGUGGUUCCAAUCCACGGCCGUGGGAAUUUUCCCACGCUGGAGCUGCGUCCUCGUGACAUCAUCAUUGCCGUGCGGGCCAGGCUGCAGAAGCAGGGAAUCACAGUUAGAGAUGUUCGUCUGAACGGCUCCACGGCCAGCCACGUCCUUGUCCGAGACAACGGAACAAGCUACAAGGACUUGGACAUCAUCUUUGGAGUGGAGUUGCCCACUCAAGAGGAGUUCCAGGUGAUCAAAGAGUCAGUGCUGGGCUGCUUGCUGGACUUUCUGCCUGCUGCAGUCAACAGGGAACGGAUCAGCAACGCCACAAUGAAAGAGGCCUAUGUCCAGAAAAUGGUAAAAGUCUUCAACGAGCAUGACCGCUGGAGCCUCAUCUCCCUCUCAAACAACAGUGGCAAAAACCUGGAGCUCAAAUUUGUGAGUGCGCUCAGGCGGCAAUUUGAGUUCAGCGUAGACUCCUUCCAGAUCAUUCUGGAUCGUCUUCUAGAGUCUUACAUGCAGAAGGACUCGCAGCGCAAAAUGAAUAAGGUUGAAGUUAAGGACCAGCCCGCAGAGAAUCAGAAUAAAUACUCUCCUUCCCUACUGAAUCAAACAGCUGCGCCAGAAACAGAAAAGCCCACAGAUAGAGACAUUUUCGGUGAAGAAGGUGCUCAAAACAGCCAGAUAAAACAGAGAGAUGAGGUGCAGGAAAACAAUUCUCAGACCGAAUUCUCGCAACAAACUGUACAUUCAAACCAGACAAAACACACAGCACUGGAGAAAGACAGCAAAGAGAAAAUACCUGAAGGGUUGAAGGAAGUGUCAGAGCAUGGAGAAAACUUAAACGAGACAGGCCAGACAUCUUUGUCAGAAAAGAAACAAGCCCCUGAGGAAGCUGAACCACCAGCUCAGAUUGAACAUGAGCCAGAGCUCUUGGAAAAGACUGAAGGCUCAACAAAGGUAGAACAGUUAAAGCAAGCGAAGCCCUGUGACGACUUACCACCAGCACAUUCAAACCACGGAGAACUCUCUGUCCAGAAAGAACUUGCUAACCACACAAAACCCCCUAAUGAACAGAAAGAACUAGCAGAGCAGAUGGGACAGUCUGAGAUGCCAAAAACCUCAAACGAAACCCAGGGAGAGUGUCUGAACCUUAGAGAAAGCCCUCGCAGUACAGAGCAAUCUGAUAAAACAAACGUAUCUAAGUCUUUCGGAGAGUAUGAGAGCAGCAGUGAGGAAGAUAAAACACAACAUGUGCCAGCUCUACACACUAGUACAUCCUCACACAAGUUAGCAGAUGAACAAAAUGCAGAAACAGAGGAAGAAAUAGAAGAAGAGAGGAAAACUGACACAGAAAUAUGUGAAAUCAUAGAGAACACACAGGGUAUUGAUUGUUCCUGCUCCUCCUCUUCCGCUCUCACACUUUGCAGCACACAGCUUCCUGACGCACAGGAUUUGCUGGAGAUUGACAACACACAACAAACAGAAAACUCAGAAAAAACACCUAACACACUUGAUGCCGCUAACCCUCCAGAUACUCAGGAUAUUUUACUUCCACCACCUAGCCUUUCUUCUGACAAAAAGACCUCCUCUGCUCCCCCUUGUAAGGCCUCAGAGAGACUAUCUCACAUGGUGGUGCUCAAACACUCAUCCCCCAAACCCCCUCGGAGGAUGUGCAGAAAGGUCACCCCCAGUCCUAACCCCAGCUCACUCCCCGAAAACGAGUUACUCGUUUCUGUGCCCUGCCUGGAGUCAAACCCUCACGCGAGCCCCGAGAUAGCCUUUAACACAGAGCCAACUGCUUCCAGUUCAAACUCUACAGCUACCCCAACAAGCACCAUUCCUUUUAAGACUAAUUCUGAACCUAGUCCUUCCAGUAACCUAGCUUCAGAUCUUAACUUUAGCCCAGCUCCGGAUCCAGCCCUUGAUAUAAUCUCCACCUCUACUCUGAAUCCCAUGUCUGCUUUACCUCAAGACCCACCGGUUUCUCAGUUAGCCACAGAAGACCCAGGUGAAACGGCUACUCAGAGCCCUACUGAAACACCAACUACACAUGUGGAUUUCAGUGAGCCCAGUCAGUCCUCCCCUACAGAAACUGCCAAACAAGUAGAGCCCCUUGACUCAGCAGACAUGUUAGUUUCACAGUCAGAUUCUUCUAGUUCCAGAACAGAACAAGAGACCAAAAAGAUGGCUGUGAAUCAACCAAGUGACAGCCCGCAAGGGUCCGCCUUCAGUCCAGCUUCUCCUGUCCACUGUGUUACACCUCCUGUGUCCUGUCUCACCCCUCCAGUAGUCAGUCUGUCCCCUCCUUGCCUAACUCCCCCGCCCCCCAUCCUCAGCCCUCCCCCAUGCCUGACCCCUCCAUCUCACUGCCUCUCGUCUCCGAUGCUAAGCACUGUCAGCCCUGCUACUAGCUUUAGCUCUCCAACCCUAAGCUUCAGCCCUACCUCAUCCUGCCUCAGCUCACCUCCUUACCUCACCCCUCCAAUGCUCAGCUUGAGCCCUACACCGCUCUGUCUCACACCCCCUUCCCCCUGCCUGAGCCCUCCCCUCCUCUGCCUCACUCCACCGGUGGAGUCGGAGGACCUUGUACCUCAGGUAUCUUCAGACAUGGAGCCUUUGAUACUAAACACGGACAGUGAUGAACAGAUUAAAGAGUCUUCCCCUCAGCCGGGAGUUCCUCUCUUACAGUUGGAGGUUAAAAAAGAACAUGAAUAUAUCUCAUCUUUGCCUCAGGUUACUGAGCCUGUCUCUUUUCCAAUCACUAUCCCAAGUUCCACCUCACAUGUUCUGCCUCACUCUCAGUCUGAAUGCCCCGGGGAAUCUGCCUCUCCAGAAGCCACUGAGGCAGCCAACUCUGUGCCUGAGAACAAAGAGGCCCCUGAGGUAACCACAGACACUUCUGAACAGUGUGACUCUCCUCAGGCAUCUGACUCAGUCCCUGCUGUCGAGGUCCUGGCGGAGAGCAUGUAUGGUGACUUUGAGGCAGCCAUGGACCACCUGCGCUACCGCCUGAUCGCUACCAGGAACCCCGAAGAGAUUCGAGGUGGUGGCUUGUUGAAAUACAGCAACCUGUUGGUGCGAGACUACCGACCAGCCAGCGAGACUCAGAUAAAGACACUGGAGCGCUACAUGUGCUCACGCUUUUUUAUUGAUUUCCCUGACGUGCAGGAACAACAGCGAAAGAUCCUGUCCUACUUGAAGAAUCAUUUUAUCGGUGAGGAGAGAAGCAAGUACCAGUACUUGAUGACGUUGCGUCGUGUGGUAGAUGACAGCACAGUGUGUCUGAUGGGACACGAAAGGCGUCAAACACUGAAUAUGAUCACAGUGCUGGCACUGAAGGUUCUGGGAGAGCAGAACAUAAUACCCAACACAGACCAUGUGACGUGCUUCUACCAGCCUGCCCCGUACCUUGCUGAGCACACUGCCCCCUAUCUAGCAGAACCCAGCUACUGCAGCUACUACAUACCCCAAGGGGGAUCAGCUCUGCUGUACCAACCUUACCCUUUACACCUGCACCCGCAAACUGGACUUGUGUAAAACAUGCAUGGAUAUACAUGUCAUUACACAAAAUACACAAUUGAGCUAGGGGAUGGUGCAUGCUCCAAAGAAAAAGCUUGAGAAUGGAAAUAUAAUCCAGGGAUAAACUGUUUGGUCUAUAAUAGACCUAUGGGGGUGGGAUUGAGUGGGUUUUUACACUAAACUCCCCAAGUACUCUGUAAGGUUCUAACAUGAUUAUAUGUAAUUAUUUGGGCUUUGUGGAAAAUAAUAAUUCUUCCAAUAUUGUUAAAAAUUCCAGAAAAUGCUGUAUGCACUACAUGAGUCAUAGGCCUUUGGUCUCCCUGGGAAACCAAAUGUGCUGUGGACAUUCUCUCUCUCUCUCUCUCUCUCACACACACACACACACACACACACACACACACACACACACACACACACACACACACACACUUCCAGGGUCUUAAAUUCUUGUAAACUCUUUCCAUGUUCUUAACUGUGUUGUUCUUAAUGGGUUUGUUCAGAAUGUGGACCUUGCCUGUGGUUGAUAUUGUGCAUGGAUAAAUUAGGACUGUUCACUGCCAAAUACUGUGUGACUACUAUGCUUCUUAAACAGUUUAAUGUAACUUUGUUAUUCCUUUACCGAAAGAGGUGUAUUCCAAAAAAAGGAGAGAGGGAUAAGUCUACUAGUGUGUACAGUAUUUUUAUCAAAUCACUCUCAUACAUAUAGACACACAUACAUGCAUACAUACAUGAAGAGAUACAAGGUAACGCAUAUUACUGUAUACACACAAAGUUAGACAAUGCAUGAGUAGCUUAAAAGGUCACAUCCUACAAUCAAAACAAGGCUUUUAAUUUAUUAAAAAUUGAUCUAUUUUUGCAAGACUUUCCAAGAUUAUACUCAGUGGUAAAAAGACUGAUUAGUUCUUACAAAAAAGUCUAACAACAUUGCCUUUGGAAUAGACUGUACAGCGUAUUGAUUACAGUAUAUCGUGUGAAAAUACACUGCGUUGUUUUCAGGUAAACUGUGUUAAGAUGUGCUGCUUGAUUCCUUUCUGUUGUGGAGUCUUUUCUGUAAUCAUGUGAAGUAUUGUAUCAUCUAGUGUUAAUUUAAUUAAUACUGCGGUUUACUCUAUGGAGGCGGUCAGGUUAAAACCAUCUUUGGGUCAUCUCUAAACCUGGCAGAUGCAGCUCUGUCUAAACCGAUUUGCUUUAAAACUCAUGCGACUCCUCUCAGCGUACAUCGGCUUCAGCCGAUUCGCAGCAGAACCCACGUGAAUCGAGUUCGGAUCCACCUCAAACCUGUUUGAAUCUCAGUUUGAAACCGUGCAACAGCAACUAUGACCAAAGAUGGUUCGGUAGGGAAAUCAAGUGCCUAAAUGUGAGACAUCAUUGGCAUGUCUUUAUCUCACUGCACUGGGGAUGUUAAUGGGGUGGGCCUGGGGCUGGGUUGGGUGUUUGUUCAGUUGUUGACCCCUGUUAUUGCUGCCCAUUUUGAUGUCUUCUUUAAUGUAGUCCUGUUGUAGUUUCUGUAUGUACAUUUUGAUAAAAUAAAGGGGAGACUCGACAAACCUUCA